UUCCGUCUUUCUCUCCCUUGCAUACAUUUAUAGUCCAGCUGUCCGUCUCCACAUUCACUCUAUCAGGAGUGAGGACAGAAGAGAAGACGUGCUACUACUGCACAGAAAGAAGAGAGAAGAGGGACCACAAAGCAACUGGAAGAAAAGGAGAGAGCAGAAGAAAGAAAAGUCAUAGACUGGUAGAGAAAUUGAAGAAACGUGCCUAAGCAAGAAACCUGGCCUAUUUCACAGUGCAACUUCUUCUCAACAUCUAAUUCAGAGACUCUACCAUUGUGUGUGUAUGUCUGUCUGAGUCCUUCUCUUUUGUCAACACUCCUGGAGGUGCUUAUUUCUCUGUGCUCAUAAGAGCCUGUUGAAGGUGUGUGUGAGGAUGCGGCCCCAGUGUGUUCUACUCUUUUGUAUGUGUAUCUUUGUGUUUCUCCACCACGCCAUUUCACAGCCACCCACAGAAACUGACACCUACACGGAAUGUACAGAUGGGUAUCAUUGGGAUCCACAGACCCAACACUGCAAAGAUAUAAAUGAAUGUGAGACAAUCCCUGAGGCCUGCAAGGGUGAAAUGAAGUGCUUCAACCACUAUGGUGGGUACCUGUGCCUCCCUCGCUCUGCUUCAGUCAUCCCAGCCCCUGAUCCACCCAACCAGAUCCACCCCAGCUUGGAGAACACGGCCAGUGAGCCAUUCAAUCCAUGUCCUCCAGGUUUUGAGCCCCAGGGAGACAGCUGCCUGGAUGUGGAUGAGUGUGAACGGGACACUCAUGACUGCCAACCCAGUCAGCAGUGUUUCAAUACAGAAGGCUCCUUCACGUGCCAAUGUCCAGAUGGUUAUCGCAAAGUGGGCACAGAAUGCAUUGACAUUGAUGAGUGCCGGUACCGCUACUGUCAACAUCGCUGUGUUAAUGUCCCUGGCUCAUUCUCUUGCCAGUGUGAGCCUGGUUUCCAGCUGGCUGGCAACAAUCGCUCCUGUAUCGAUGUUGAUGAGUGUGGCAUGGGGGCCCCCUGCAGUCAGAGGUGUUAUAACACAUAUGGGACAUUCCUCUGUCGCUGUGAGCAGGGUUAUGAGCUGGGACCAGACGGCUUUGCUUGCAAUGACAUAGAUGAAUGCAGCUCCUCCAGUUACCUGUGCCAGUAUCAGUGUGUAAAUGAGCAUGGAAAAUUCUCCUGUGUCUGUCCUGAUGGCUAUCAGCUCCUGGGCACACGUCUCUGCCAAGACAUAAACGAAUGUGAGACUGGAACUCUCCAGUGCUCUGAUGGACAAACUUGUGUGAACAUUCAUGGAGGCCAUAAAUGUGUCAACUCCAAAAGCUGUCAGGAACCCUAUGUGCAAGUGUCUGACAAUCGCUGUACAUGUCCCGUCACAAAGCCUGGCUGUCAAGACCUGCCCUAUUCCAUAGUGCAUCGCUACAUGAGUAUCACCUCAGAGCGCUCCGUUCCAUCAGAUAUCUUUCAGAUCCAGGCCACCAGUGUCUAUCCUGGAGCCUAUAACACCUUCCGCAUCCGCUCUGGAGAUGACAAUGGAGACUUCUACAUCAGGCAAAUCAACAACAUCAGCGCCAUGCUUGUUCUCGCCCACGCUGUGAAUGGCCCCAGAGAGUAUGUGCUGGAUCUGGAGAUGGUUUCCAUCAACCCCCUCAUGAACUUACACACCAGCUCUGCUCUGCGCUUAACAAUCUACGUGGGGCCUUAUGCCUUUUAAUGGAAAGAGAUAUAGAGAUUGCUAGAGAGGGAAAAAGAGGUUGAGGGGUGUUAGCACUGAUUGAUUCAUCCAACAAGGAGGGGUUAUGAGCUGAAUAUGUCUGCCUCUGUAAUAUUGUAUAGAGGUCUCAUGAGCGAUGUACCAAUCUAUACAACUACUACAUCAUAAAUUAUAAAAAGGGGUAUUAGAGACAGGCACUCUAUUUUUAAGACAAAAUGUCUUACCAACUUACUAUAUUGUGUCUUAUUGUAUUUAACAGCUGCACUAUGACUCCAAACCUGCUGUACGACCCAUGUAGCCUUUGUCUUUUGCCACUCUCCCGUUGUUCUUGUUGUUGUUGUUUUUUUAAUUAGCCUCUUUCUCAGGAUAAGGGGUGCAGCUAUCGUCUCAGAGCUAUUGACUCUUUCCAUUGGUAUGGUCUCCAAGUGCAGAAUUCAGCAAUAAUUUUAAAUCGAUCCAAUUUAAUUCGUUGUAUUAACAACAAUAUCAAGGUACCAAAACUGUAUAAAUACAUCUGUGUAUGUUUGUAGUGUUAAGCUUUAGUCUCUGUUAAUUUUCCACUAUCUAAGUUCUUUUCUUGAGUUCAGUAUUUGUUUUUAUUCAUUGUUGUUAUGCAGUAACCACUCAGUCAUUCCAACUUUCUGCCUUCAACCAUCAUCAAUAAUGCUCACAUUACUUUGUGUCGUUUGUUCUAUACCACGCUGCCAGUGUUCAAUCCUGGAUUUAUUACUGUAAUAAAUUUGAUAAGACCAUAAAAAUCUGGUUCCAGACCCACAUUUGUUUGCAUUCCUUUGGGCAUGUUUUCUUGUUAUCACUUUGCUUUGCUUCCUCUUCCACCUAAUGGAACGUCUUGCUCACAUGCCCUGCUGCCCACCCUUCCAAUCUCUUAAAGUCAUCUAAUCAUGGGAUAGACUAGAACCCUGCUAUUGAACUGUCCACCUCUUUGCUGCCUCAUUAGCACAUCCCUGAUGAGAUAGAGAACUGAAAUAAAAUAGGUUUUGUUGGGAAUAUGUACAUAGCCAUUUAGGGGAGACUGGGGCAAGUUGUUACAAGGGCUAGACCAUAGUAACUAUAAGGUUUUGAGACAAAAGUCCAAUUAUAUAAAUGUGUUUUCUUCAGCAGUGUUUUUGUAUGGUUUCAGAAUCAGUGCAAAAUCAAAACACCAACCAAACCAAAAAUCUGAAAUAGUUUAAAAUCCUCUUAAAUUUGAAUCAUUUUUGUGAAUUCUGUGCUCUAAGCUUAAUUUCCAGUCAUAUUUUUUGCUAUUUCUGAUGGUUAAACAGGUGAACACAAUAAAACAACACUGGAAUAUAUUCAUACAAGAGUCAGCUAUGAUAUGAAGGUAGAUUUUUACUGAAAGGUUGAGCUUUGUAAUCAUGCAUUUCAGGUCGGGCCAGUUUUGGGUGUAAUCCGACUACAAAUUAACUUGUAUUAGUAAUAUAAUUACGUAUAAAAGUAGUGUAACACAUACAAUUUGUAAUUAUUGUAAUCAGAUUACAGUUACUGACUUUUAAUUUAAUUACUUUUAAUUACAUUACUAGGGUUACAAAUAUUUCUAAAAUAAUAUUAUGUAGAAUACAUUUAAAACAUGCAUUAUGUUAAUAUAUACAUCUUUUUGCAUUUCUUAGACAUCUGAAGGGUGUGUGCCCCCUAACAAGUCAAUGAACAAAGAGGAUAUGUAGACAAUAUUUUGAAUUUGUUAAGUGGAAAGGGGUUUUAGAAUGUAACUUAAAGGGAUAGUUCACCCCAUAAUGACAAUUCUCUCAAAUCAUUUACUCACCCUCAUGCCAUCCCAGAUGGGUAUUACUUUCUUUCAUCUGCAGAACACAAAUGAAUAAUUUUAGAACAAAAUCUCAGCUCUGAAGAUUCAUACAAUGCAAGUGAAUGGUGACCAGAA